AUGCCUCUCUGGCGUAUCUUUACCCACCCGGAAACCUUCAAUCACUCUCAACGUGCGGGGAUCGCCAAAGCUGUCACGGACCUUUACGUCUCAUAUAGCCUGCCCGCAUUCUAUGUUAACGUCAUCUUCGUGAAUGUCGACGAGGAGGAUGUCUGGGUCGGAGGCGAGUCAAAGUCCAACUUCGUCAGAAUUGUCAUCGAGCAAAUUGCCAGAAGUAUGAGUCCACCAGAUACUGAAGAAGGACGGAAGGCUCGAAGGAGUUGGAUGGACAGAAUUAAUGGAGUGUUGCGACCUUACAUCCUUGGCCGAAAAGAGCUGGACUGGGAGUUGCACAUAUAUGAGACUCCGCGCGAUCUCUGGCGAAUUCAGGGUUUGGAUCCUCCUCCAUCAUUCUCGGACGAGGAAAAGUUGUGGUUUGAACAGAACAAACCUAUUCCGUAUUAUUGA